AUGACCACUUUACUACUAGCAUUGGUGUGUUUGCGUGUCAUCGCUGCAGUCACCUCUGUGGAAGUUUUAGAUCACAGCGCCACACUUAGUGUGAGCAUACCUUUACGUUCUCCCCUGCGUGUUCCUCUGGGAAGAACUUUGACCAUUCCCUGCUACUUUAUCGACACCUUGGGCCCAGUCACCACAGCUCCAGACACCCCACCAGUGUCCCCAAGAAUCAAAUGGAGCAAACUAUCAGAAGGCAAAGAAAUUGUCCUCCUAGUGGCCAUGGAUGGUCAGGUACGGGUCAAUACAGCCUACCAGGACGCUAUCUCUCUGCCCAAUUAUCCUGCCAUACCAACUGAUGCUACUUUGGAAAUCAAGGCACUCCGGUCCAACGAUACUGGGAUCUACCGCUGUGAAGUGAUCCAUGGCAUUGAGGACAGCCAGGACACAGUAGAGGUGAAAGUAAAAGGGAUCGUGUUCCAUUACAGAGCCAUCUCUACCCGCUAUACUUUAAACUUUGAGAAGGCAAAGCAGGCGUGCAUCCAGAACGGUGCUGUCAUUGCAACUCCUGAGCAGCUCCAGGCAGCCUAUGAUGAUGGCUUUGACCAGUGCGAUGCUGGUUGGUUGUCUGACCAAACAGUCAGGUACCCAAUGCACCAUCCCCGAGAAGGUUGUUAUGGUGACAAGGAUGAAUUUCCUGGAGUGAGAACAUAUGGUGUUCGUGAUACAGAUGAGACAUACGAUGUGUAUUGUUAUGCAGAGGAAAUGGAAGGCAAAGUCUUCUACGCCACCUCUGCUGAGAAGUUCACCUUCUCAGAAGCAGCAGAGAAAUGCCAUAGUCUAGGUGCACGUUUGGCAACAACGGGAGAGUUAUAUCUGGCCUGGAAGGACGGGAUGGACGUCUGCAGUGCUGGCUGGCUGGCAGACCGCAGUGUCCGGUAUCCCAUCAACAAACCAAGUCCCAUCUGUGGUGGCAACCUGGUGGGCGUACGCACAGUGUACCUUUACGUCAACCAGACCGGGUAUCCUUACCCUCAUUCCCGCUACGAUGCCAUUUGCUAUACUGGUGUUGACUCUCGUACUGUCAUCCAUGAGAAUAUCACAGAUGAAUCUGUUGAUGAACUGGGCAGUGGCUUCACCAUCCAGACAUUCACUGACGCAGAUAUUGAGCUGGAGUUUCCAGACAACACUACUGAGAAAGAAGCUCGAGGAAGCAUUGCAACCUUGGAACCUAUCGAUUUUACUACCUCCACUUUAGAGGUGGAUGAAGGUAUCACAGCAACUCCAGAUCUCUUUGCAACAGGUUUCACUGAUGCAACAGAGAACAGGACUGAGAUUGGGAUCUGGGAGGACCUAGAAAAUGGUACUGCCUCAACCUUGGAUGCGCUCUUCCCCACGGAUAUCCCAGAAGCAACAUCAGUGGAAUAUAGUUCAUGGAGUACUGCCACAACAGAAUCAGAAUCACCCUCACCAUUUACCAGAGAAGAGCAAAUCAUGCCAGGGACAGCUGUUCCUGAUAUUGGUCUAGUCCCCCGGAAACCCAUUUCUCCCACAGGUGUCGUCUUUCAUUACCGGCCAUCCACCAACAGAUAUUCCCUGACUUUUGUUGAAGCUCAGCAAGCUUGCCUAGAUAAUCAUGCUGUUAUUGCUACUCCAGAGCAACUACAGGCUGCCUAUGAAGAGGGGUACGAUCAGUGUGAUGCUGGCUGGCUGAAGGACCAGACAGUCAGGUAUCCCAUUGUUGUUCCACGCAGUAAAUGUUCAGGAGACAAGGAGAACUUCCCUGGAGUACGAACCUAUGGUAUGCGCCCCGCAUCAGAAAAGUUCGAUGUCUACUGCUAUAUUGAAAAACUGAAAGGUGAGGUCUUCUUUGCUACUCAGACAGCACAAUUCACCUUCCUAGAAGCCCAAAGAUACUGUGAGAGCCAAAAUGCUACCUUGGCUUCCACCGGACAACUCUAUGCUGCCUGGAGACUGGGACAGGAUAACUGUGAGGCAAGCUGGUUGGCUGAUGGAAGCGUCCGAUAUCCCAUUGUUAAUCCUCGUCCUGCCUGUGGUGGAGAGAAGCCCGGCGUCAGAACGACUUAUUUGUACCCCAAUCAGACAGGAUUCCCUGACCCUCAAUCCAAGCAUCAAGCCUUUUGUUUCAGAGCUCUACCAUCUUUGUAUGAGGAUAUAGAGGAAGAUUUAAUUGCAGCCCAGGUGGUCCCUGGAGUAGAAGAAGUCCCUUCUGGGGAAGAAACAACUGUGGAAAUGGAGUUUGCCACUGAUUCUGAAAAUCAAACUGAGUGGGGAACAGAAGUAUUUCCAACUAAUAUAUCACUGUUAUCGGGUAAUCAAUCAACUGUUCUCCCUACUGAUGUAAUACCUGACGAAACAAGUGCAGAAGCUCCAAUCACAGAGAUGUCUGCUUCUGGUUGGACUUCUGGAGCCCCAGAUAUGAUUGAGCCUAGUGGAAAACCCUCAGGAUUUGGAGAAAGUGAAUCUCCCUCUGGAGUCCCUGAAAUGAGUGGGCUGCCUUCUGGAGAGAGUGGGCUACCAUCAGGAGACAUAAGUGGCCUGUCUUCUGGCAUUAUUGAAGUUGGCAUCUUACCUUCUGGAGAUGAAGAAUUAUCAGGGAUUAGUUCAGGAAUCCAAGAGCAAAUACCUGGGCUCCAGGAAGGCAAAGGGAUCCCAGAAAUUAGUGGGUUGCCUUCUGGAUUUAGUGGAGAACAUUCUGGCAUGGAUUUCAGUGGCUCACCAUCUGGAGGGUAUGAUUAUAGUGGUCUCAUAUCUGGAUUUCCUACUGUGUCUCUGGUGAAUGCCACUUUGGUGGAAGUUGUGACCACAGCAACAGAAAGGGAAAUGGAAGGGAAAGGGACAAUUGGAAUCAGUGGAGAUGGAGAUUUAUCAGGUUCCCCCUCUGCUGACUGGGAUGUUAGUGGCAUAACCAGUGGAUUGCCCUCAGGAGUUGAUGUCUAUGGAACCAGUGACAUCAGUGGGGUUUCUUCAGGACUCGAUAUCAGUGGGGAACUACCUAGAAUACCUGAUAUCAGUGAAUUACCAUCAGGACUUGAUGUUAGUGGACAAUCAUCUGGCCUACUAGAUAUCAGUGGGUUGUCCUCUGGAAUUGACUUCAGUGGGACAUCUGUUGGGACACCUGAUCUAAGUGGCUAUGUGGAUUUAAGUGGCCAACCUUCAGGUAUUGAUGGGAGUGGUGAACCUUCAGGUGUUACCUUCAUUGAUGCUAAUUUGUUUGAAGUGACAACUCCUUCAGCUAAAGAAGAAGAAGGGAAAGGAUUUGUAGAAAUAAGUGGAUUACCUUCGGGAGAUGAAGAUCUAUCAGGCACAACACCAGGAAUUUUAGAUGGGAGUGGCCAGCCUUCUUCAGGACAAGUAGACUUCAGUGGGUGGGCUUCAGGAGUUAAUGAAGUCAGUGGACUUCCAAGUGGACUAACAGACAUUAGUGGAGAAAGCUCAGUCAGUGGCUUUUCAUCUGGAACAUAUGAUUAUAGUGGCCUUGCAUCUGGGUUUCCUACAGUUUCCCUUGUGGAUGCAACUUUGGUAGAAGUUGUAACACAGCCAUCUGUUCCACAAGAAGUAGGAGAAGGGACAUCUGGGAUAUUAGAAAUAAGUGGGCUUCCUUCAGGACAGGAGGGGACAUCUGGAACACUAUAUGAUGUGACAACAGCUAGUGGAAUAUCAUCUGGGAAAGUUGAUUUCAGUGGGACUUCAUCGGGCAUUCCAUAUUUUAGUGGAGAAACUGCUAGCACUGACUUAAGUGGAGAGUCUUCAACCACAGCCAGUGCUAGUGGUGAUGUCUCUGAAAUCCCAGAAAUCACCUUAGUAACUCCUGAUUCAAUAGAAACUGUGACAAGACCAACAGUUUUACAGGAACAGGUUGGAGGAACAGAGGCAAUAUAUUCCCAUGUUCAUGAAUCAAGUGGGGAAGCCUCCACAUCUGGUGCAGAAGUUUCUGCAUAUCCCGAAAGUACCAUGUCAAUCCCAGUAUAUCAUGAAAUCAGUGGUAAGACAUCCACAUUUCAUGAAACUAGUGUAGAAGCCCCUUUGUUUAACGAAACAAGUGACAAAACAUCAGUCUUACCAAAAAGCCACCUAGAAACUUCAACCCAUUAUGAACCAGGUAGAGAAACAUCUUCAUUAUCUGAAAGCUACUCAGAAACAUCUGGGGUACCAUUCAUCAGUGGUAAGACAUCCACGUUUCAUGAAACUAGUGUAGAAACCCCUUUGUUUAACGAAACAAGUGAUGAAACAUCAUUCUUACCAAAAAGCCACCUAGAAACUUCAACCCAUUAUGAACCAGGUAGAGAAACAUCUUCAUUAUCUGAAAGCUACUCAGAAACAUCUGGGGUACCAUUCAUCAGUGGUAAGACAUCCACGUUUCAUGAAACUAGUGUAGAAACCCCUUUGUUUAACGAAACAAGUGAUGAAACAUCAUUCUUACCAAAAAGCCACCUAGAAACUUCAACCCAUUAUGAACCAGGUAGAGAAACAUCUUCAUUAUCUGAAAGCUACUCAGAAACAUCUGGGGUACCAUUCAUCAGUGGUAAGACAUCCACGUUUCAUGAAACUAGUGUAGAAACCCCUUUGUUUAACGAAACAAGUGAUGAAACAUCAUUCUUACCAAAAAGCCACCUAGAAACUUCAACCCAUUAUGAACCAGGUAGAGAAACAUCUUCAUUAUCUGAAAGCUACUCAGAAACAUCUGGGGCACCAUUCAUCAGUAGCUUACCCUCUGGGGCUUUUGAUGAAAGGAGUCAGAUUAAUGGGGAUAGUUCAGGUCCAGCCCCUCAGACAGUAUCAGAUACACCAGAGAAAGUUUUUUUGCCAGAUGUCCUACUUGGCACCAGCAGUCCAGAUGUUGAAUUAACGGAACACUCAAGGCAUCUAACUGAGUCUCAGGUUGAAGCAGAGACCAAUACACAUCCAACACCAGAGCUGGAAACAGGAGAUGUUGCUACUCCAGGGAUUCCACUACCAUCGCCAACAGUUUCUGAUCUCCUUCCUAAAGUUUCAUCAGAGGUGGCUGAUGGAAUAAAGCUUCUUACACAAGCUACACCUAAGACAUGUGAGGAGAAAGUAUGUGGAACUGGGACCUGCCAAGAACAAGAAGGAAAUAUCACCUGUUUGUGCCCACCUGGAUAUAUGGGCGAUUACUGUGAGAUAGACAUUGAUGAGUGCCACUCCAGCCCCUGUCUGAAUGGAGCUACCUGUGUCGAUGGCAUCCACACUUUCACAUGCUUAUGCCUUCCCAGCUACGGAGGGAACCGCUGUGACGUUGAUCUGGCAGAAUGCGAAACAGGCUGGACCAAAUUUCAAGGUAACUGUUACAAGCAUUUUGAAGAAAAACUCACCUGGAUGGAUGCAGAGAACCUGUGCCGAGAACAUCAAUCCCACCUGAGCAGUAUCAUCACACCUGAAGAGCAGGAGUUUGUGAACAACAAUGCACGGGACUACCAGUGGAUUGGGCUAAGUGACCGAGCUGUGGAAGACGACUUCCGCUGGUCUGAUGGACAUUCUCUGCAAUACGAGAACUGGCGACCUAACCAGCCGGAUAACUUUUUUGCCAAAGGCGAAGACUGCGUGGUAAUGAUCUGGCAUGAGAAGGGUGAAUGGAAUGACGUCCCUUGCAAUUAUCACCUCCCAUUCACUUGCAAAAAAGGAACAGUUGCCUGUGGAGACCCUCCUGCAGUUGAGAAUGCCAGACACUUUGGCAAGAAGAAGGACCGCUAUGAGAUCAAUGCCAUGGUGCGGUACCAGUGCCAUCAGGGUUAUAUUCAGCGCCAUGUGCCCACCAUCCGAUGCCAAUCAAACGGGCACUGGGAAGAGCCGCGGAUAGCCUGUAUAGAUUCCUCCACCUAUAAACGCAGACUACACAAGAGAAGUUCACGGACCCGAUCAAGGACCAACGGAAAGAUGACGGCAUGA